GCGGUGCCAAACCGGGGCAGGGCUGGGCCUGGGGACCCAGUACACACGGGGCACCCCCUCAACACACGGAGUCACGCCUUACACCCAGCCUUCUUCCACCAAUCACCCCACUCUCACCCACUCCAUGUACUUGGGACCGCAUAGGCCCUCCUGGGAGCCCCCCACAACCUCCCAUACCUGCACACUCAGACACAUAGGGGACAUACACACAAGGGAGCCUGGGGUAAUUUAAUCUCAUGCACCCUAACCCCACAAGCACAGGAGACCCCCAUUGACACAGAAUCCUACAGGUACACAUGCCUCUUCUCAGCGUGACCACCUACCACACCUUGGCUACACAAAUAGAGGACGCCAAAUGUAAACAGGGGACUUCGUGCCCAUUGACCCUGCAUGCAUGAACAUGUACUCUGAAAGCACAUGUUGGGACCCCUCACAUGUUGGGACAUGUAUACCUAGAGUUCCUUUCACACCCAGACCCUGCACGCACCACUCCCCACACAGAGACCUCAUUCACACAUCAACCCCCCCCCACACCACCCCUAGUUUGUAAAUGCAAGCCCUAAUUGCCCCUGGGUGCCCCAGUCUGCCUACGUUCCCCUCAGGCCCCCGCUGGCAACCCCUUCUCAUUAGGCCCUGCUCUGUGUUCAGCCAUCCCAAGUCAGCUCUUGCCCGCCACUCCUACACCAAGUGCUCAGUCCCUGCCACCCUGCCUGAGUCUUUUCUCCCAGCCAGCCUUGGUCACCUCCUGUUCCUUGUCCCUCUCAACCAUUUUUGUCCUAGCGCCAGGGUCACUCCCCAUUUUAUUAAGUUGUUCCCCACUCAGCAACACCGCACAGGUGUGGGAUCAGAGCAGCGCUGGGGCAAUUACAUAGCAUAGGCCUCCUGUGCAGUGGGGGAAGUGGGAAGCUCCGGGAGGACCCUUACUCUCCCUGCAGCAGGAGAAUGAACACUAAGAUGGGCGGAACCAAAGAGGCAUCAGGGAAGUGGCAGACAUCCCUCUCUGGGUCCAAACGAAGAGCUGCUGCUGGGAAGCCCGGUGGGAACCGCCAGCUGCAGAGGAAGACUGGCCAGCAGGCGAGGGGCCCUGCGAACCCUGAGCGCCCAGAAGCUCCUACAGGUCCAAGCGUAGAGGACCAAGCAGCCACUCUCAUCCAGUGUGCCUUCCGGCAGCACCUGGCCAGGAAGGAGCUGGCUCGCCGUCAACUGAAGCGCCAGGAAUAUCUGGAGCAGAUGGAAAAGCUGCAGAGGGAAGCCUACCUGGCCUCAGUGCGCCACGAGCAGGAAGUGGCCCGGCGGCGGCGCGAGAAGGAGGAGGCGGCGCAGCGCGAGCGGCUGGAGGAGCUGCAGCGCCGCCGCCGCCUCCUGGACGCCGCCUUCGACGGGGACUUGGCAGAGAUCCGGGCGGUCCUAAACGAGGUGGAGCAGCUGCUGACCCGCGACGGCGUGGGCCACGACGAAGCGGGCCGGUCGCGGAGGCUGCAGCGGCGCGUGGCCAUGGUGGAGUGCGAAGACAGCCACGGGAACACGCCGCUGUCCGAGGCGGCAGCGGGCGGGCAGCCCCUGGCCAUCCAGCUGCUGGCCGAGCUCGGCGCCAGCCCCAACAGCAAGGGCGCCUUCGGUCGAACGCCGCUGUACCGGGCAGCCUUUGGGGGCCAUCUGGAAGCCGUAGAGGUGCUUCUGAAGCUCGGUGCAGACCCACGCGUGUACGCGGACGAUGGGAACACCCCCGCGCAGAUCCCGUCCCUGAUGGUGGCUUCCCUGAAUGCGGUGGCCAGUGUGCUGCAGUCCUGGGACCUGAGCCUCACUGAGGCCAUGCUGCAGAACAUGGAGGCCGAGUGGCAGCGCCGCGCUCAGGAGGCCCAGCAGCAGCAGGCUGCAGAGGCUAAGCGCUUGGCCCUCAAAGUGCAGCAGCUGGCCCGGGAGCAGCAGCAAUGUCACAAAGUGCUACAGCAGGCCUACUGCGAGCUCCAUCGGAGGAUCUCGGAGCAUGACAGGUGCCAGCAGAAGUGCCCAGACAAGGCUGAGCUCACACUGCAGGCCAUCAAGGAUACAGAGACCCAUGUGGACAAGUUGCGGCAGGAGGCACAGAAGGCUGAGGAGAUGUUGGCCAUGGCCCGGCUGGAGCUGCGGGAGCAGAGCAAGGAGGAGGAAGAGGAGGCUCCAGGGCUGAAGUGCCAGGUCACCGAACUCCAUGACGUGCUGAUGAAGGAUGUGGGCAACCGCAUCAGUGCUGACGGCAGGUGGCCUCUUGUCAUAGACCCUUCAGGCCAGGCAGCCACCUUCCUGCGCUACCAGGACACCAACUACUUAGAUACCAUGAACCCAGAGCACCUGAGGCCUGAGACUAUCCGGCUGGCACUGCUGGGGGCACUCAGGUAUGGGAAGCCGCUGGUGUUCGACUUUCGAGACAUGGACCUGUUUCCCGUGGUGCAGCGGCAGCUGGAUGCUGUGCAGCCGGGACUAGCGCAGGCGCUGCUGAGCCGUGGGCUGUUGGAGCAAGAGCGGUGCAGUGGCCGCCGACCGAGCAGCUGCAAGCGCUGCUCCCUGUGCGAGUGCAGCUGCCCAGCAGAGGUCUCUAGUGCUGCUCCCGAUAAAGCAGCCACUGCGUCCCUGACCGUCCACAGUCCCGACCCUGACUCCUGGACCCUGGCUCACAGGGCCUGGCAGGGAGCCCCGCUGGGCAAAGGCCAAAGAUCGGGAGCCAGCCUGGUGGGACCAGUGCAGGAUGGACAAACGGGAAUAAAACGUAGUCAACUUUAUUCUCCUUAAAC